AAGCAGACGAAGCAGAGCGUACAGAUGGGAUUACAAUACUCGGGGUGACAACGCCGACCAUCAAAACGACGAUCACGACGAAGACAUGCAUGACGACGAGAACGGUCAGACGAAGGCGAUGGAUCAGCCUAAGGCUGAUUAUUGGGCCGGCUAUUACGAUUUUCUCAUAAACGAGGGAAGCUACAAAUUCUGGGCAGUCUUUCAGCUCGCGACCGCGGCUCUUCUGAUCUACAGCGCUUUCGCGGCUCUCUACUACGCCAAAGUGAAUCCGCCGACCACGGACGAUUAUUUCGACGAUAUACUCCGCCGGCGACGGCGACGAAGGAGACGCCGCUCGCUUCCGCCCGUGGCCCGUGACAGACCCUUCGCCGGACUCGACACCGUCACGUUUCAAAGGAUAAUCGAGGCCGCCGAGCGAGCACGUUGA